AUGCAUUAUCACGGAAAAAUUAUGAUGCAGAGGCUCUGGGAACUUGGAUGCGACUGGGAUGAACCUGUUCCAGCAACAUUGAAAAAUGAGUGGGAAGCUUUUCAACGAGAACUUCCUCUCAUAGAAAAGCUACGAAUUCCAAGAUGGAUACACAUGAGUCCAACAAACAAAGCUAUUGAGCUUCAUGGCUUUUGUGAUGCGUCGAUGAAGGCGUACGGAGCAGCUGUUUAUGUUCGUGUCCUGGAUAGCGAAGGUAAAAUCCAUACCAAUCUGCUUUUGGCAAAAACAAAAGUAGCACCCAGCCAACGACCUAUAACUCUUCCUCGCCUUGAACUUUGUGGCGCAGUUUUAGUAGCACAAUUGUUGCAGUACACCAAGGAGGUUUUGGGCAUGCCCGAUAUAAAGAUGUACGCGUGGACAGAUUCCACUAUUGCUCUGGCCUGGAUACGACCACUUACGUUUCCACCCGUGUAUCGGAAAUUCAACGGCUUACUGGUAUCGAUUGCUGGGCACAUGUUGCAACGCAUCAUAACCCAGCCUAUGUGGUGUCCAGAGGUGUAUUUCCAUCGGAAAUUCAAGGGUUGGACAAUUGGUGGUUUGGUCCUGAAAUGUCGACCAAAGUUAUACGGCAUUAUCACCGGCCCAUUACAAGCAUGGGAAUUAGAUUUGGCUCAUUUACUAAUUAUCAAAGCGGCACAAAAGGAAAUGUUUAAGAAUGAAAUCGAACAAAUCAAGCAAAAACAAAUCCCUAAACACUUACGUGCUUUGAAUCCAUUCAUCGAUGUUGACGGGAUUCUUCGAGUAGGAGGGCUAUUAGAAAAUUCUCUUCUACUUUACAAUGCACAGCAUCCAAUACUUCUUCAAAACAACCACCAUUUAACAAGGUUGGUGGUUCGAGAUGCUCACAAAAACACUUUUCAUGGCGGUAUGCAGCAAAUGAUUAGCUUCAUUCGACAAAAAUACUGGAUUGGCCAGAUAAGGCCAAGCGUCAAACAUCAACUGCAUAGAUGCAUCUCUUGUUAUAGACAAAAGGCAGCUGAAAUGCAACAACUUAUGGGAAAUUUACCUUCAGCCCGAGUUCGUAUGUCCCGACCGUUCAGCCACACUGGUGUCGACUACGCGGGGCCUAUCGAAAUAAAAUCUUGGAAGGCUCGCGGUGCAAAAAUCCUGAAAGGAUAUUUCGCCAUUUUUAUUUGCUUGGCAACCAAAGCCAUUCAUUUAGAAGUGGUGUCAGAUUUAACCACCCAAGCGUCUUUGGCAGCUUUCCGGCGUUUUAGUGCCAGAAGAGGAAAUUGCUCGCAUAUUUACAGCGAUUGCGGAACAAAUUUUGUCGGUGCAAACAAUGAACUAGCCAAGAUGCUUAAAGAAGCGAAACAUGACUGGAAACAAAUCGCCGAAACAAUUGCAAAUCAUGGUACUAAUUGGCAUUUUAUUCCUCCUGCUUCCCCUCACUUCGGUGGCUUAUGGGAAGCUGGAGUGAAAUCGGUCAAAUACCAUCUAAAACGCGUUGUCGGAACUGAGCGGCUAACUUUCGAGGAGCUCGCGACGCUUCUAGCCCAAAUAGAAGCGUGUCUGAAUUCGAGACCCUUAUGUCCGCUCUCUGAGAGCCUUGACGAUUUAAAUGCGUUCACCCCUGCGCAUUUCCUAGUUGGUGAAUCGCUACACGCAAUUCCACAAGCGAACAUAAGAAACGAUGUCACACAUCUCGACCGAUGGAAACGAAUUCAAAAGAUAACUGAAGAAUUCUGGCAAAAAUGGAACUCGGAGUACCUGUCUAGGCUACAACAACGUCCAAAAUGGACUCAAGUAAAAGAAAUGCCAAAGAUAGGAGACUUGGUUCUUCUCAAAGAUGAGCGUCUUCCAUCAACGUUUUGGAAUCUUGCGCGAAUUGAAGGCACACAUUGCGGGUCGGACGGACUUGUUCGCGUUGUCACCGUAAAAACAAAAUCCGGACAAAUAAAACGGCCGAUUGCAAAGAUUUGUAUGCUACCGUCCAAUAAAAUAAUAGAUCAAGCUGCAAUUAUUUAA